CCGCGAAGAAAAGAUCAAAACACGGUCGGUAUUUGGUAUUAACUUUCGCUUCCAUCGAAAAUUUUUUUCCAUAACUUGAUUGUUGAUAUCUCAAUCUCGCUCCAUUUCCCAGUCCAAAUGGAAUAAUGGAGCUUCCAAAUCACAAAUUUUUCUUCCUGAAUUUGGUCCCAAAAUCUCUCGCGCAAUCAUAGAUUCUGCGCGCAAAGUAAAGGUUUUUGAGGUGAUUUCCGUACAAGAUGAUGGUGGAGGAUCUCGGCGUCGAAGCCAAGGAAGCGGCGGUCCGUGAAGUCGCGAAGCUCUUGCCGCUGCCGGAGCUCCUACAAUCCAUCGCUUCCAUUAAGGCCGAUUACAUCACUCGCCAGCAGGCAAAUGAUGCACAGCUUAGUACAAUGGUUGCAGAGCAGGUUGAACAGGCGCAAGCUGGUCUUGAGUCACUAGCCUUUUCGGAGAAGACAAUAAACCAUCUUCGUGAUAACUUUCUUUCCAUUGAAAAGUUAUGUCAAGAAUGCCAAAAUUUAAUCGAUAACCACGAUCAGAUAAAGCUGCUUAGCAAUGCGAGGAACAACUUAAAUACUACACUAAAGGAUGUCGAAGGUAUGAUGUCUAUUUCUGUUGAAGCAGCUGAGGCACGGGACUCAUUGAGUGAUGACAAAGAACUUGUCAACACUUAUGAGAGGUUAACUGCUCUUGAUGGAAAGCGGAGAUUUGCAUUAGCAGCUGCAGCAUCACACAAGGAAGAAGUUGGCAGACUAAGGGAAUAUUUUGAAGACGUUGAUCAGACAUGGGAAACGUUUGAGAAGACAUUGUGGGGUCAUAUUUCCAACUUCUAUAAGCUUUCUAAAGAAAGCCCACAAACUCUAGUUCGUGCUUUGAGGGUCGUUGAAAUGCAAGAAAUUCUUGAUCAACAACUUGCGGAGGAAGCAGCUGAGGCUGAGGGAGGUGGUGCUAUGGCUGCAAUUGCAAAUCCUCAUAGAACUGCCAAAAAGUCUACCAAUGCAGUGGCUUCUUCAAGAAAUCUAAGCCAGCAGAAGUUGAAGGUUCAGGGCAAAGGCUAUAAAGACAAAUGCUAUGAACAAAUUCGAAAGACAGUUGAAGGUCGAUUUAACAAGCUUCUUACAGAGCUUGUUUUGAAGGACCUUAAAGCAGCAUUAGAGGAAGCUCGAACGAUUGGAGAAGAGCUUGGAGAUAUUUAUGACUAUGUGGCACCUUGUUUCCCCCCAAGAUAUGAGAUAUUCCAACUUAUGGUGAAUCUAUACACCGAAAGGUUUAUUCAAAUGCUUAGAUUACUCAGUGACAGGGCAAAUGAGUUGACCAACAUAGAGAUAUUGAAGGUAACUGGCUGGGUCGUAGAAUACCAAGAUAAUCUUAUUGGACUCGGAGUUGAUGAGUCUCUGGCUCAAGUUUGUUCAGAGAGUGGUGCAAUGGACCCCCUAAUGAAUUCCUAUGUUGAGAGAAUGCAAGCUACAACAAGGAAAUGGUACUUGAAUAUCCUAGACGCGGAUAAGAUACACCCACCAAAGAAACAUGAAGACGGAAAGCUUUAUACCCCGGCUGCUGUUGAUUUGUUCAGGAUCCUUGGAGAGCAAGUGCAAAUUGUCCGUGAUAAUAGUACUGAUAUCAUGCUUUAUAGAAUUGCUCUGGCAAUAAUUCAGGUGAUGAUUGACUUUCAAGCAGCUGAACGGCAGAGAUUUGAAGAACCUGCUUCUGAAAUUGGUUUGGAACCUCUGUGUGCUAUGAUUAACAAUAAUCUUCGCUGCUAUGAUCUUGCAAUGGAGCUAAGUAAUAGCAUUGUAGAAGCUCUUCCACAGAACUAUGCUGAGCAGGUCAACUUUGAGGACACUUGUAAAGGUUUUCUGGAGGUUGCAAAGGAGGCUGUGCACCUAACUGUUAGUGUUAUAUUCGAAGAUCCAGGAGUACAUGAGUUACUGGUUAAACUUUACCAUAAAGAGUGGUGCGAGGGGCAGGUUACUGAGUAUCUAGUUGCAACUUUUGGUGAUUAUUUUACGGAUGUGAAGAUGUACAUUGAAGAUAGAUCAUUUAGAAGAUUUGUUGAGGCUUGCCUGGAGGAAACAGUGGUUGUAUAUGUUGAUCAUCUUCUAACACAGAGGAGCUACAUUAAGGAGGAGACCAUUGAACGAAUGAGAUUAGACGAAGAGGUUCUUAUGGACUUUUUCAGGGAGUAUAUAAGUGUUACCAAAGUUGAAGGUCGGGCCAGAAUACUAAGUGAUUUAAGGGAACUUGCUUCAGCAGAGAGCUUGGACACCUUCACCCUCAUAUACACAAAUAUUCUUGAACAUCAACCGGACUGCCCGCCUGAGGUUGUUGAGAAACUUGUUGGGCUUAGAGAAGGAAUACCACGGAAAGAUGCCAAAGAGGUUGUACAAGAGUGCAAAGAGAUAUAUGAGAAUUCUCUGGUCGAUAAGAACGCCCCAAAAGCUGGUUUUGUUUUCCCAAGAGUGAAGUGUUUAUCGGCUUCCAAGGGAUCCUUAUGGCGAAAGCUGACUUAGUAGGGUUCUUGGAAAGAAAGACUGCCAGAUAUGUGUUUAUAAUCUUUAUGGUUGACAGGCUCGUUUUCAUUUAUUGUUAUUGUUACUUGUAUGCGGCCUUCUUUUUUUCCCAGGGCUAAUUCCGUGUUCUGGUUCUUGGUUUGUACAUGAAAUUUAAUAUGCGAAUGACACCCUUGUUGUAUUGUAACUUAUGAGGGAAGGAAAAUAUUUCUAGGGUGGAUUUAGUGGAAUAUCUUGGGCAUCUGUGUAAUUCCCCCAUCAAUGGAUCUAUAAUCUUCGUUGUUCA